AUGUCCCGGCGAUUAGAAAAUCGAGGCGGUUCCAGUACCCAAUUGGCAUCUACUCGCCCUGGAAGUUCUCAAUAUAACGAUCGCCGGACUGCCCAAUCACCUCAUCGCCCUAAUUCACGUUCAUCAUUUCAUGGAUCUCCCGCCCUACAAUCGCCUCAUGGUAGUGCUAGGGGGACUUGGAGUGGCCAACGCCAGAACUCACCUCAUAGUCAGUAUCCGAUCAACCAUGGGCCACCCACUGGGCCCUCUGGCCACCAUGCUGGGCCAAGCCAAUCACCACCACACCCACCUACUGGGCCUAUGUCCCAAUCCUACCCUCAAGGGCGUAACUUUUCCAGAGGAGGCUUCAGGGGCAGCUCUCAUCCUGCUAGAGGUGGUUACCGCAGCGUAGUAGGUCCACAAAGCGGACAGCGAGCAUCCGUUGGUGGUCGACAUACCUCUGGCCAAUCGGGUGAAAAUACCCCACGACAUCAUAGCCCACAACAUCCUUCUUCGACUCAUUCCGAACUUUCUGGAACAAAGGAUGAUGGCAAGGAUAAAGAAAACGCAUCCCGUGGGUCUAAAGACCUUCAGGCGGAAGACUUCUUGUUAGAAAAGAAUGACAACGAACAGAUGCCCCCCCCGGGACCUCCACCUUCGGCUCCUACUGGCCCUGCAAGCUCCAAGUUUAGCUUCGCUUUUAAGCCAACAAACAAAACACCGGUUGCAACGCCUAAGCCGGAAAUUUCUCAAAAGUUCAACACGGCCCCCAAAAAGGAUUUAUCUUCGGUUGAUGAUCGAGACCGAGACCGAGACCGAGACCGGGAUAGGGAUCGUGAUAGGGAUCGUGACAGGGACCGUGAGAGAGAACGUGGCCGAGAUCGAGAACGGGAACGGGAGCGAGAACGAGAACGGGAUCGGGAUAGAGACUUGCCCCGGGAUACACCAAGAGAGCCUGCUUCUGCAAGGGCAAGGUUGGAUUUUAAUGCCAACAGAGGCCCGCCUGAGCCCCCAAGAACCCGAAAAGUGAAGAGAAUACAGCGAAGGCUGAAACCGAAGCCCGAAUUAGAACCUGACUUUGCAUCGUCCGACUCGGUGUUUUUCCGGAAGCCAGGCAAUGAAUCCGUGGUGGGUUCAGGUACAUAUGGAAAGGUUUUUAAAGGGAUCCAUGUCUAUACCAAGAAGCUUGUUGCUUUGAAAAAGAUACGAAUGGAGGGAGAAAGAGACGGGUUCCCAGUGACUGCCGUGCGGGAAAUAAAGCUUCUCCAAUCUCUGAAGCACACGAACAUCGUCAACCUUCAAGAGGUGAUGGUUGAGAAAAACGACUGCUACAUGGUUUUCGAAUACCUAUCUCAUGAUCUUACUGGCUUACUGAAUCAUCCAUCAUACAAACUCGACCCUGCACAAAAAAAACACCUUGCACUACAAUUGUUCGAAGGUCUAGACUAUUUGCACAAACGAGGAGUGUUGCAUCGCGACAUCAAAGCGGCAAACAUCUUGGUUAGCAAUGAUGGGGUUUUGAAACUAGCCGAUUUUGGGCUGGCCCGAUUUUAUGCGAAGCGGCACCAGCUCGAUUAUACGAAUCGCGUUAUCACGAUCUGGUAUAGGUCUCCUGAACUCCUGCUGGGUGAGACUCAAUACGGUGCUGCGGUUGAUAUUUGGAGCGCAGCAUGCGUGAUGGUGGAAAUUUUCACCCGGCAUGCUAUCUUUCCUGGUGAUGGUGGUGAGAUCAACCAGCUAGAAAAGAUCUACGCUGUGCUUGGUACUCCGAAUAAGGUUGAGUGGCCUAGUCUCAUUGACAUGCCUUGGUUUGAAUUGUUGAGACCAGGUUACCGUCGACCCAACGUCUUUGCCGAGAGGUAUAAAGAGCGAGUACCGGUAGCUGCCUUCGAUUUGCUUGCGGCCAUGUUUCAGUACGAUCCUGUGAAGCGGCCUUCUGCUGCGGAAGUGUUAGAACAUCCUUACUUUACGACAGAAGAGCCGCCGCCUAGGCAAGCAACUGAACUUCGCGAUCUCGAGGGAGACUGGCACGAAUUUGAAUCCAAAGCACUGCGUCGAGAAAAGGAGAAAAAGGAGAAACAGGAACGUGAUGCGCGUCGUGCUGCUGCUGCUGCUAAAGAGGGCGGGAGUCGUGACAAGGAUAAGAAACGGCCGCUCUCGACGCAUGAAUCCCAGCGGGACAGCAAACGACCACAUGUCGAUCGGCAAACGUCCACAUCAGGCCAGCCUACAGAUUCUACUCAUGUUGUGCCAUGUGAAGAGGCUAGGGAAAGUAAGACACCGAUUGCAGCGUAG